GGGGCCCCUCAGCAGGUGAAUACUACAGAGUCAGCUAGUCUUGUCAGUGAAGUGGGGAUGGACACGGCUCCCCCAGCCCUGGCUGUGUCCGAGGUGUGCCUCAAGCCACAGCCCUGCCUGCUAAGCUUCUGCCUACGUGUGUCUCUUUCUGCUCAGUGCCUGUCAAGGAGUCCCAGGAUCCCAGUCGGCAUGAGCAAGUGCUCUGUGGCUCCAGCGUCGCCCACCACGGCCUUGAUGCGGGAGCCCAAUGCCGCGGGCCCCAGGGCCGUGGAGCUGACGCUGGUCAAGGAGCAGAAUGGAGUGCAGCUCACCCACUCUGCCCUCAUCGGGGCUCCAGAGCGUGAGACCUGGGGCAAGAAGAUUGACUUCCUCCUCUCUGUCAUUGGCUUCGCCGUGGACCUGGCCAAUGUCUGGCGGUUUCCCUACCUGUGCUACAAGAACGGCGGAGGAGCCUUCCUGGUGCCCUACCUGCUCUUCAUGGUCAUCGCGGGGAUGCCACUGUUCUAUAUGGAGCUGGCCCUGGGACAGUUCAACAGGGAAGGGGCGGCUGGCGUCUGGAAGAUCUGCCCCCUGCUGAAAGGCGUGGGCUUCAGCGUCAUCUUGAUCUCGCUCUACGUCGGCUUCUUCUACAACGUCAUCAUCGCCUGGGCGCUGCACUACCUCUUCUCCUCCUUCACGGCCGAACUGCCCUGGACCCACUGUAACAACAGCUGGAACAGCCCGAGCUGCGCCGACGCCCUCUCCGGCAACGCCAGCCACGCCCCCGGCAACGCCAGCCACACCCCGGGCAACGCCAGCCACGCCUUUGCCACCACGCCCGCGGCCGAGUACUUCGAGCGUGGGGUGCUGCAUGUGCACCAAAGCCAUGGCCUUGAUGAUCUGGGCCCCCCGCGCUGGGAGCUGGCCGCGUGCCUGGUGCUGGUCAUCUCGCUGCUCUACUUCAGCCUGUGGAAAGGUGUGAAGACCUCGGGGAAGGUGGUGUGGGUUACGGCCACCAUGCCCUACGUGGUCCUCAUGGCCCUGCUGCUGCGGGGCCUCACCCUACCUGGUGCCAUGGAUGGCAUCAGUGCGUACCUGAGCGUUGACUUUCACCGGCUCUGCGAGGCGUCCGUCUGGAUAGACGCAGCCACCCAGGUGUGCUUCUCCCUCGGCGUGGGCUUCGGGGUGCUGAUUGCCUUCUCCAGCUACAAUAAAUUCACCAACAACUGCUACAGGGAUGCGCUUGUCACCACCGCCAUCAACUCCCUGACCAGCUUCUCCUCCGGCUUCGUGGUGUUCUCCUUCCUGGGGUACAUGGCACAGAAACACAACGUGCCCAUCCGGGAAGUGGCCAAGGAUGGCCCGGGCCUCAUCUUCAUCAUCUACCCAGAGGCCAUCGCCACGCUGCCACUCUCAUCGGCAUGGGCUGUGUUGUUCUUCACCAUGCUGCUGACCCUGGGCAUCGACAGUGCCAUGGGCGGGAUGGAGUCGGUGAUCACCGGGCUUGUGGAUGAGUUCCGGCUGCUGCACAGACACCGCAAGCUCUUCACUCUCUUCAUUGUGCUGGCCACUUUCCUGCUGUCCCUCUUCUGUGUCACCAAUGGUGGCAUCUACGUCCUCACGCUGCUGGACCACUUCGUGGCUGGCACAUCCAUCCUGUUCGGGGUGCUCGUUGAAGCCAUCGGGGUGGCCUGGUUCUACGGUGUCGGGCAGUUCAGCGAUGACAUCAAGCAGAUGACCGGGCAGCGACCCAGCCUGUACUGGCGGCUGUGCUGGAAGCUGGUCAGUCCCUGCUUCCUGCUGUUUGUGGUUGUGGUCAGCAUCGUGACCUUCAAACCUCCUCACUACGGAGCCUAUGUCUUCCCCAACUGGGCCAACGCGCUGGGCUGGGCCAUUGCCUUGUCCUCCAUGGUCAUGGUGCCUGUGUAUGCAGCCUACAAGUUCUGCAGCCUGCCUGGGUCCUUUCGAGAGAAACUGGCCCAUGCCAUUGCGCCUGAGAAGGACCGUGUGCUGGUGGACAGAGGGGAGGUGCGCCAGUUUACGCUCCGCCACUGGCUCAUGGUGUAGGGAGCACAGGUGUGGAGACUGAAGACCCACGGAGGCAUCCUUCACACCAGAGGGAGGAAGGUGGGAGUCCCAGGUUUCCAGAGAGGGUGCUCUGCUUGUCACCUCACCGAGAUGCUGCCAGAGGCCCCCAUGAUCCAUGUCUGGCCUGAGUGCCAAGGCCAGUCC